GUGGAAGGAAAAUGGAGAAUGUGCAUUGACUUUCGUGACAUGAACAAAGCAUGCCCGCAGGAUUUGUACCCGCUGCCCAAGAUCGACCAGUUCGUCGAUUCAACUGCUGGAUGUGAAUUGCUGAGGUUGAUGGAUGUCUUGCAGGGAUAUCAUCAAAUUCCUUUGGCGAGAGAGGAUAGGAAGAGGGUGAGUUUUGUGACGAGCCGAGAAACUUAUUGUUAUGUGGUGAUGCCGUUCGGCCUGAAAAAUGCGGGUGCCACAUAUCAAAGGUUGGUGGAAAAAAUUUUCAAGAAGCAAUUGGGGAGAAAUAUGGAGGUAUACGUGGAUGAUAUGUUAGUGAAGAGCAAGGAGGCGAUGGAUUAUGUGCGAGACUUGAGGAAAAUUCUUAAUGCUGAGGAGGUAUGGGAUGAAAAUAGUCGAGCAGAUUUGCUGUCAAAGAUUGCCCAGAGCUUGGUGAACAGUAAAAGUAGGAGUGUGACUUUGUUACAUUUGGAGCAGAGCGUGGUCGAGGCAGAGAUAGUUGAAAUCGAGGAGGUUGAAGAUUGGAGAGCCCCGAUUCUCAGGGAGUUGAAGGAGAAGGCAAUGGAGGUAGUGAGGAGGUUUUUCGAGCAUGAAGGCAUUCUCUACAAGCGGUCGUAUGCAGGACCGCAUCUGCGGUGUGUAACCAAGGAAGAAGGCCGAUAC